CGCCCCCCUUGUUUAUGCGUGGAAACGCGACGAGAGGUCUGAAGAUUCUCCGCGGCUAACGAUAGCAAGGUACACAAAUCGGGAUUUAAUACACUUUCUUCCAUUACGGACACUCUGGGGGUCUACCAAAGGCUGGAGGAGGACAUAAUUUCGGCUAACCCCUUUUGUUUUUCCUGCUACGUCCCCACCGAGGCGAGCAGCGGGAACAGGAGAACCCCGCUAAUCCCGAGAAGUGGGAAGCGGCCUGCUUUUGUAGCCGACUUCCCGGUGCAGCUCAGCCGGCUAGCGCUGUCACCAGAGCCCGGUGCUUCCGCUGGCUCGUUUUUCUCCGCACCAACAGAAGCGUUGCGGCUUUAAAAAUCAUUUUUGAUUUACCAAACAAAACAUUUCUUCCACCCGUUUCCCUCCCUGUGAACGCGCAGGUGUCGGCGUUUUGUGCGUGUGUGUGUGUGUCAAGGAGAGCCGUUUGAAGCCGGAGCGGCCUGUUUUGUUUUCGAGCCGCCAUGAAUCUCCGCGAACAAUAACACAGCCGUAAUAUAACCGAGCCUGCCGGGGCGACACCGGAGCCACACCGGAGCCACACGGGGAUAAUAAACGCAGUGCAUGACACCAGCUCUGGGCCGAGGUGGAAACCGUGGAUGAUGGAAGUAUCGCAUUGCAAACCGGAGCACUUUCUGGUUGGAUUUCGGAGCCGCCGCUGCUCGUAAGUAACCCGUUAAAAGGCCACCGGCGGCGGGACGAGAGCGCCCACAUGAUGCUUUGUGUGACCGUAACUCACGGAUUGUAUGGAAACAAACCGAACCGACUUGGAUGAACCGACGUUUCUAUGCACGGUCGGCCUCCGUGUAAAUGCACUUAUUAUCUUCUCCCACCAAAAAAAGCAGCAGCACUACUUCCAGCGCUGGAGCAUCACAUUGAGGAUGGAUUGGAUGUGACUGGUCGUUAAGCGGUGCAGGGAAACCUGGGUUGCUUUAUAUAUAAAUAUAUUUAUAUAUAUGUGGGAUUUACCGACGAAACUGAAGCAGUUAUAUCCAUCUAUGCUCUCUUCAAAGCCACCAGACUCCCUUGAAAAAAACAGCAAUUUAAGUUGUUUGUAUAACUGUGUGACUUUGGUGUUUUAAACGCAUUAAUACAUCUUAACGGACCGCAACCGGAGCGUACCGGAGCCCGGAGGGGGCCAGGCAGCUGAGAUGAACCCGGUGAAUGCGACCUCUCUUUACGUGUCCGCGAGCCGGUCGGUGCUGCAGUGCGACCCCCGAGACCCUCGGGCCCUCGCGGAGCUCUGCAAGCUGCUGCCGUUUUUCCGCCAGUCCCUGUCCUGCUUGGUCUGCGGUAACCUGCUGCAGGACCCCAUCGCUCCCACCGACUCGUCAUGUCAGCAUUACGUCUGUCGAGGCUGUAAAGGUCAGAGGAUGCAGCUGAAGCCGUCCUGUAGUUGGUGUAAGGACUAUUCCCGCUUUGAGGAAAACAGGCAGCUUUCCUUGCUUGUCCACUGUUACAGGAAGCUCUGUCUCUACAUCACUCAAUCGCCGCUCGCCCCGCACAUAGCCAGCGCCGCCAGCGACUCGCCGGACCUCCAGGCCAUCCUCAACGAGGGCCUCACGUUGGCCGAGAGCGAGCCGGAGGCGGAGGACGUUUCAGACUCGGUCGGCCUGUCACAGACUGCGUCCACCUCAGAGGUGGUCCAUCCCGACGAAGCUCCACUUUUGAAGGAGCUCAAGGGGGAGGACUCGGGCCCCGUCAGCAUUAACGGACUGCAUGAUUGUAACGGCCUGGUCAGUUCGGACACACUGCAACCCAUCACCAUAGAAACGGGUGGAAGCGUUGCAAAGCAGGAGAGCUUUUCGGAGGAGAUCCCGGUGUGUGUGAGCGUCACAGGGACCGGGGAGGCGGGCCUUUGUGACAUCAGCACUUUCGGGGACGACCUGAAACAUGGCGGGGGGCCGUUGUUGUUGAGUGUUGAGGAGGUGCUUAGGACACUGGAGACGGACACUGACCCCGACCCCAACCCCCAGCCGGACUGCCCCUCCGUACCUCAGUCCAGCCUCAACGGGCCUCACUGCCCAUCCGGCCCCGACUCCUGCCGCCUCAUCCCCUCCCUCCCCACAGAGAACAGCCCUCGCCCCCUCCAACCUCACCUGCAGCCCUGUCUGCAGCCCCCCCCUCAACCCUCCACAGUCGUCCCCCGUGUCCCCCCUCGGUGCCACCGCAAACGCUCCCGCUCAGAAAGCGACAGCGAGAAGGUGCUGCCCCUCCCCAUCAGCCUCCUACGAGGGUCUCCCCUCGGUGCCAACAGCUCCCCCCACCACCCUAACCCCGGUGCCACUACCAAACAGGAGCCCAAGUUCCCUGCAGCCACGCCCCACCCCCACCUGGCACCUGUGCCUAACGGCGGCCCCCCUAAGGUGGGCAAGACUGUGCUCGUCUCCAACAAGGGGCUGAAAAAGACUGUGGAGCACCACGGGGGCCCCAAGAAGGCUUACACCAAGGCCAGGCAAGGUGCCCCCAAGCCCCGCGCACAACCCCGUGACCGGGUACCCCCUCACCCGCACGCUCACCCCCUGACACACCCGCCCAGCCCCUCAAAGCCACUGUACAAGAAGCCUGUGGAGAAGAAGGGCUGCAAGUGCGGCCGAGCCACACAGAACCCCUCCGUGUUGACCUGUAGGGGGCAGCGCUGCCCCUGCUACUCCAACCGCAAGGCGUGUCUGGACUGUAUCUGCCGCGGCUGCCAGAACUCUUACAUGGCCAACGGAGAGAAGAAGCUGGAGGCGUUCGCGGUGCCAGAGAAAGCUCUGGAACAGACGCGGCUCACGCUGGGCAUCAACCUCACCAGUAUCACCGCGGCGGCCCUCCGUAGCCCGGCAACCAGCUCCCCCGGCAACACCCUCCUGAACGUCACCGCGGGCACAGGAGCGCCCGUCACGGCCACCUUCCUGUCGGGGGCGGGUCACGACAACAGGGGCUUUGACGAUUCACUAGAGAUGCGGUUUGACUGUUGAGGUCCCGCCUCCCCUCCCAAACCCC